GAAUUAACACAGCCGCAGCACUGUCCGCUUCACCAGAGAUGGCCUUAAAAGCACUUGUCAAAGGAUGAACUGCUCGUGCAUGAUGCCUUGCCCCUCCUCAUGCAAUGCAUUCUUCGUUCGUACUUUGCUUCCCCACCCUCGUCCUCCAGUGACUGAUUAACCCUCAAAUGAAGCAUAUACUCCUCCUCCUCUUCUUCUUCUUCUUCUGACCGGGUUUGAUUCGUGGCCAUGGCAGUUCUUGGAGGUGCCACUGCUUGUGUUGUUGUUGUUUGGCUGCAGUUCUUCUGUUUCUGCUCGAGCUUGAACCACGAAGGCGGAUUGCUUUUGGACGCCAAAACAGGGCUGGAAGACCCCUCCAAUGAGCUGUCCAACUGGGACGCCGGCGACGCCACGCCCUGCCACUGGACCGGCGUCGCUUGCUCCGGCGACACCGUCACCGCCGUGGACCUCGCCAACCUCGGGCUCGUCGGGCCCUUUCCUGCCGCCCUCUGCCGCCUCCCUAACCUCGCGUUCCUCUCCCUCUCCUACAACUACAUCAACUCCUCCCUCUCCGAUUCCGCCCUCGCCCCGUGCGCCGCCCUCGCCCAUCUCGACCUCUCGCAGAACCUCCUCGUCGGCCGCCUCCCCGACGCCCUCGCGGCGCUUCCUUCGCUCGCCUACCUCGACCUCUCCGGCAACAAUUUCUCCGGCGAGAUUCCGCUGUCUUUCGGGCUGUUCCCGCGAAUCCGAGCGUUGUCUCUCGUCGCCAACCUGCUUACUGGGGGCAUCCCCGCCUUCCUCGGCAACCUGACCACCCUCCGGCAGCUUAACCUCUCGUAUAACCCCUUCUCGGCCGGCCGCAUCCCGCCCGCCCUCGGCGAUCUCGCGUCGCUGGAGGUGCUCUGGCUCGCCGGGUGCGGCCUCGCCGGCGAAAUCCCUCCCUCCCUCGGCCGGCUCUCCAACCUCACCGACCUCGACCUCUCCAGCAACGCGCUCUCCGGCGGUAUCCCCGCGACUUUCGCCAACCUCUCCAGCGUCGUCCAGAUCGAGCUCUACCACAACUCGCUCUCCGGCCCCAUUCCCCUAGGGUUUGGCAAUCUCCGAUCUCUGGUUCGGUUCGAUGCGUCGAUGAACCGGCUCGACGGGCCACUUCCGGACGACAUCUUCGAUGGCCCGCGCCUCGAGAGCGCCCACGUCUACUCCAACCGGCUCACCGGCCGAAUCCCCUCGGGCAUCGCCCGGUCCACGAGCCUGGUCGAGGCCCGGCUCUUCGAUAACCGGCUCAACGGUUCGCUUCCUCCCGACUUGGGAGAGAGGUCGCCCCUGAUGCUUCUCGAUCUCUCCGAUAACUCGCUCUCCGGCGAGAUCCCCGCCAGCAUCUGCCACCGAGGUGUGCUAGAGCAGCUGCUCUUGAUGGACAACAUGUUCUCCGGUAGCCUUCCGGACGGCCUCAGCCGGUGCCGGACUCUCACCCGAGUCCGUCUUAGGAACAAUCGACUCUCUGGUGAGCUUCCCGCCGGAUUUUGGGGCUUGCCGCAUCUUUGGCUACUAGAACUCAGAGGUAAUUCCUUCUCCGGUCUGAUAUCUCCCCUCAUCGCCCAAGGCGCGAACCUCUCCAACAUCCUCAUCGAUGAUAACCAGUUCGCCGGCAGCAUCCCGUCAGAAAUGGGAUCUCUUUCGAAGCUGUACGAAUUCUCUGCCGCCAACAACAUGCUAUCCGGGUCGCUGCCGGCGUCUCUUGCUGACCUGCGCGAGCUGGGUAAGCUCGACCUCCACCACAACCUCAUUUCCGGAGAGCUGCCUCGAGGGAUCCAGUGGAGUAAACUCAGCGAGUUGAACCUCGCUGACAAUGCUUUCACUGGUGGCAUACCGCCAGAAUUCGGUGAGCUCGCAGUGCUCAACUACCUUGACCUCUCCGGAAAUCUCCUCACCGGAGAGAUUCCAAUCCAAUUGCAGAACUUGAAGCUCAACGAGUUCAACUUUUCGAACAAUCACCUCUCUGGUCCUCUCCCACCUCUUUUUGCCCUGGAAGCAGACAGGAACAGCUUCCUCGGUAACCCAGGACUCUGCAAGGCCUCCUCUGGGCUAUGCCCUGUUUCAUAUGGAAGAACGUAUAGCCAUAGUUUCAUAUGGUUGCUCCGCUGCAUCUUUAUAUCUGCUUCAUUGAUAUUUGUCAUCGGAAUUGCUUGGUUCUCAUGGCGAUAUCAUAAAUACACGAAGGAGAAUCUGGCAUUUGACAAGUCCAAGUGGUCGCUGACUUCAUUCCACAAAUUGGGAUUCAGUGAGUAUGAGAUCUUGAAUUGCCUUGAUGAAGAUAAUGUGAUUGGCAGUGGUGGUUCAGGGAAGGUUUACAAGGUUAUUCUCAGUAACGGAGAGAUUGCUGCUGUGAAGAAGCUGUGGGGCUCUUCAAAGAAGGAUCUUGAGAAUGUAAACCAACCGAUUGAUGAUGGUUUUGAAGCUGAGGUUGCCACGUUGGGGAAGAUUAGGCAUAAGAACAUUGUGAAACUGUGGUGUUGUUGCAGCCACAGGGACUGCAAGCUUCUGGUUUAUGAGUACAUGCCUAAUGGGAGCUUAGGAGACUUGUUGCAUAGCAGCAAAGGAGGAAUGCUGGACUGGCCGAUGCGGUAUAAGAUUGUGCUUGAUGCGGCAGAAGGGCUUGCUUAUCUCCACCAUGACUGCAUGCCCCCAAUUGUGCAUAGAGAUGUGAAAUCUAACAACAUCCUUUUGGAUGGAGAAUAUGGUGCAAAAGUUGCAGAUUUUGGGGUUGCCAAAGUCAUGGAGAUGAUGGAGAAGGAACCAAAAUCCAUGUCUAGAGUUGCUGGUUCAUGUGGAUACAUUGCACCAGAGUAUGCUUACACUCUUCGGGUUAACGAGACGAGUGACAUAUAUAGUUUCGGCGUGGUUAUUCUUGAACUAGUGACCGGCAAACCCCCUAUUGAUCCUGAGUUUGGAGAAAAGGACUUGGUGAAGUGGGUAUCCAGCACUGUCAGCCAGAAGGGGAUCGAGUAUGUUAUCGAUCCCAAUCUUGAUUCAUGUCACAGGGAGGGGAUCAGCAAGGUCCUCAGCAUUGGCCUUCUUUGUACUAGUUCACUCCCGAUUAACCGUCCGUCCAUGAGAAAGGUUGUGAAGAUGUUGCAGGAAGUUAAUGCAAAAAACAUGCCCAAAAUCAGAAAGAAUGGCAGCAAAUCAUCUCACUGUUACUUGAAAGAUCCCAUUGAAUAUGGAAGUAAUGUUUAAGCAGGUAGUGUGCCAGGAGCUCUUAUUUCAGGAGGCAAGAGCCAAUGAUAGUAAAUGAAAUCUACUUGUGAUCCUCGGCUUUUUUUUUUCUUUCCCUUUUUCGUUUCGUUUGUUUAACAAAUUAGGGAAAAAGAAACUGCACAAGGGCAUCUUUGUGGAUAUAUGCUUCUUCCUCUGAUAUCCAUUUCUGCUGCUAAAAUGUAACAAAAAGCAUUAACCUUAAUAAAUUCUAGAUUCUAUGUUUGGAUCA